UAAAAACAAAACAAAAUCCAAAACCUUUUAUCAAGCAAAAAUAAUAACCAUAAGGCGGCGUGCAUGGUGGAGCGGGUGUGUGUGUCUCACAACACAGUAAGACUAUUUUAAUGGCGGCUGUUCAAGUUUGAAUUCCCCAUCACCUUAUAUUGCUGCUGUCGCCUUUGUAAUCAUAACCUUAAAAACCAUAAGGGUGUUUAUUUUCCACAAAUUGUCAAAGCACACAAUCCGGGUCAAUCUCAAUAUACUUCUUCUUCGGUUGGAAGUUACAUGUGCUUGCUAAAGGUGGCGAACCAGAGAGGCUCAGCCAGGGUUCCGGCUCAAGAUGGUGAUGAAUCGGAGAGAUAUGGCCAAGAAGAACCAUCAGAAUUAUCAUCACAAACACAACAAAUAUUGGACCAGCCAAAUCCAAUAAAUUAUCAUCAUAGUAUUGGUGUAAAUGCAAUGGUAACACAGCCAAUGUUUUCGGAUUUGAGCAGAGCGACAGAGAUGACAGCUAUGGUUUCAGCUCUUAGGCAUGUUGUAUCAGGACAGAGUGGGGGUGACUCACGGGGGUAUGGUUCAAGUUAUGGAGGAGCGGUUUAUUCUGCUUCUCCUUCUCCACCUUUGUCAGCUUACUCUUCUAGUUCUGCACCUGCUAUUGCUUCUGCUUCGUGGAGUGGCCAAAAGAGGGGGCGUGAAGAAGAAGAAGAAGGCGUUUCUCAGUUGAUUGAGUCUAUUCCUAGAGGUUAUAGAGGGCCUUCUGCUGAUUUCAGAUUAUCACAAGGAGACUCCACAUCUGGUGCAACUGUAAAAGAAGAAGCUACAAAUACAAAUAUUGUUGCAACCACCACCACUACCACCACAGCUCCUGAAACGCCAAUAAGCGAAAAUGUCGAAGAAACCGGCGAAAGAAGGAGAAGAUACAGAGGAGUAAGGCAGAGGCCAUGGGGCAAGUGGGCAGCCGAGAUACGCGAUCCCCACAAGGCCGCCAGAGUCUGGCUCGGCACAUUCGACACAGCGGAGGCCGCCGCUAGAGCCUACGACGAAGCCGCCUUGAGAUUCAGAGGUAACAGAGCCAAGCUUAAUUUCCCAGAAAAUGUCAGGCUACCACCACAGCCUCUCCAGCAAAAUUACUCUACACCAUCGAACCCAAUAUCCAUUUCUGAUUCACCAACAACCCAUUUGCUUCCAAUGACAUUACCACUGUCAUUCCAGCAACAGUUCUUCCAGGUUCAACCUCAAGCUUACCAGGGCUCCUCUGUUAACGACUACUUGCAGUACUCCCAGUUUCUCCAAAGCUCUGGGGACUUUCAACAUGGACAACAACCCUCAAGUUUAUUGGAACAUAUGCUCUAUAAUUCGCAGUUGGCUGCUUCGGCUUCUCUUCAAUCAUCUGUAUUGCCAUCAUCGUCUUCUUUAACUUCUUCUUCGUAUGCACCCUCUGGUUCUUCAUCCUCUGCUUCAUUUCCUCUGUUUUCUCAUCAGCAAUCGGGCUAUUUUCGACCACCCACAAAUCAGAAUCUAAAUAGUGGUGUCGGCGGUUCCGAUUUGCCUCCAACUCCGCCGUCGUGGUCAGAUUCUAGUCACUAUCAUAGUUCAUCCAGUUAAACUUGAUCACUUUUUUUUUAUAUAUUAAAUUUUAAAAAAUAAUUAGUAUUAUUUUCUUGUUCUUAGCUGAUGUAUUUUAAUGUCCUUACAUG